AUGGCUACCUCGACCGGCUUCCCGCGCAUGUCCUUCGGGGCCAGCAAUACCCUCGAUUUGAGUCUGGAUCUGCCCAUCGUUCUCCUAUCUCCUUCGGACGGCUAUCCUUCACCCAUCUUUGAGAGCGACGAUGAGGACGCUCAACGGACACCCACCACGGCAACCGUGCCCCAGAUCCCAGAGCGCAACGCGCGCCGAGCCAACAACGAGUCUCCAACACUGGGCAGCCCCAACGUCCCUUGCCAUCCCAUCCCCUCGAUGCAAGCCGCCUUUGCCGAGUCAUUUCUUGAGGUCGCUGAUGGUAACCCCGCCGACAAGCCAAAACUCAAAACUGCCGACGCAAAAGUCCGUCGUGAAGAGCUUAUUAGCCAGGAGCGCGAAGAUGAGCUGCCCGACAUGCUUUGGCGUUAUCGGCCCGGCCAACAGCAGCACGAGCUUCAAAAGCUCAUGGCCCAAAUAUCCUUCGGGGUGUACUUGCUGCUGCACGGUAUGGCUAACAGCGCGGCUCAGGUUGUCAGCAUUCUGCAGGGGCAUAUCGACGAAGUGGACGAGUUUCUUGAAGUGGUCAUGGAGGAUUUUGAUCAGGCAACCAAGGAUCUGAAGGAGAGGAUCGACUAUCUCCGUCUGCCCAUGGAGAACCUAGACGCCUUUGAGAAAAUGCUGGAGGAUCGCAACUUUCGGCUCGAGAUCGUUCAGGGAAACGAGAAGAUUGAGCACAUCGUGGCCCGCACCAACAUCCAGCUCGAACAAUACGACAAGGAUGUGCAGCAGGGCUUGGCCGCGACCAAGGAAUUCGCCAUUUAUCUGGCUCAGCAGAAUACGGGCAUUUGGCGUCAAGAUCGUCCAGACGUCGUUGACAUUUACACUGCCAUGAAGGGCAACACUGAGGGCUGGUACAAUGCGUUUGUGGAGCUGCAGGCUCAGGGCAAAGAGCUGAACUCCCUGGUUAUCAAGCUCGGGAAAAUGGUGGCAGAAAUGAGUAAGAAGGCCGGUGAAGGCCGCGAGGCGUUCAACUCUACGCGCAAACAGCGUGAGCGGCUCCUUCUCAACUGGUGGCAGGUCAAGCUCGCACACCGCGUAUUUUGA